GGGAGAGCUGAGCUUAAUGUGAAUGUCUGCGCUCUGCUGACUGACACUAAUCUCAGAAAUUACUGUCUAUUGUAGCGGCGACUUCAGCUGUAGAGCAUGUCUAUCAUUACUAUCGUGGCACUCCUGGUUUUCCUGACAAUCCCUGAGGGUAGCAGUCUGGGAGAUCAAACACUGCUUCUGCGAUGUCAGUGCAUCACCAAGGAGAAAAAACCCAUCGGACGUUACAUAGGACAAGUGGAGGUGAUUCCUGCCAGCUCCCACUGCAACGAGAUUGAGAUUAUUGCCACUCUUAAAAAGGAUGGGCGAAGGAUAUGUCUGGACCCUAACGCCCGCUGGGUCAGAAGAGUGCUAAAGAAAAAAAUGGUUCAGCAGGCACCGUGAGAAACAAACUUUCCCAGAUUUGGCACAGAUGGAAAGAAGUUCCAUUCAGAGACCCACGUUCAUCACUACUGAUUCAAAGUUCAAGGUGGAGGAACGGCUUAAUGGAUAAUGAAUUGAUCAAGGUUAUGUACAUUUUCAUCCAAAAAUAAGACAUUGAUUUUGAAUUAAUUGUGAGAUUGCUUACAAGAAAUAUCUCGGUGUCACUCUCAGUCAUUCUCUUUUGAGAUUUCUCAUCAGUCAGUAGUGUAAGUGGAAGAGUAAAGCGACAUAAUUCAUGGUUUAAAUCCAUGAUUUUUAAAAAUCUUUGUGAAUGUAAUAUGCUACACAUCCAGUUAGGCUCUUUUGUGUAAGUCACAUCAAACAUAAUGCUAAAAAUCCUGAUGUAAAGUUUCAUUUGAUCUUACCUAUAACUAUCCAACAUAACAUUUGCAGAAUGGAGCUCAUUUUCUCUGACCUGCUCUCUUAAAAGGGCACAAACUCAAUUAAAAUAAAUGAAACUGUCUUCCUAAA